AUGUUGUCACGUACUUUUUUCAGAUCAUUAGCUACAUCAGUUAAAUCUACAAAACCACCUGUUCAAUUAUUUGGUAUUGAUGGUACUUAUGCAAAUGCUUUAUAUUCAGCAACAAUUCAACAAUCAGAUAUGAAUCAAACUUUUAAUGGUUUGAAAAAAAUUCAAGAUUUAUUAUCAAAUGAUACUGCAUUAUAUAAAUCAUUAUCAAAUCCAGGUUUAACAAAAGAUGAUAGAUUAGCAAUUACUUCAUCAAUUUCAAAAUCAUUAAAUUUAGAUAAAACAACUGCAAAUUUUUUAACUACUUUAGCUGAAAAUAAUAGAUUAGAUAAAUUUCCAGGUAUUUUUAAUAAGUUUGGCUUAUUAAAUGAUGCUUUUAAUGGUGUUGUUGAAGCAAAAGUUACAAGUGCGAAACCAUUAGAUUCAAAAAUCUUAAAAAGAUUACAAAAUUCAAUUGGUAAAUCAUCAUUUGUUGGAGAAGGUAAAACUUUAAAAUUAACAAAUUCAGUUAAUCCUGAAUUAUUGGGUGGUUUAGUUGUUGAAGUUGGUGAUAGAACACUUGAUGUUUCAAUUGCAAAUAAAGUUUCAAAAUUAAAUAAAACAUUAAAAGAAAACUUAUAG